CGAUAACAAUUAAACGGUAGACUGUCAUUUCGUAUCGACUUCAUUGAUGAUUCCAAUUUCCAGUAGUCCAGGGUAUAAGAAGCUCCGGUACAAAAUUAUUAUAAGCAACCAUAUAUAGAGAAAUAAAAUAAAUGAUGAACUCCGUUGAGCUCAAUUGUAUUGAUCUCUGCGGCCCUGAUAUUCAAAACUCUGUUUCUUUGCUCAAACAGGCUUGCUUGGAUUGUGGGUUUUUUUAUGUUAUCAAUCAUGGAAUCAGCCAAGAAUUUAUGGAUGAGGUUUUUGCACAAAGCAAGAAGUUUUUCGACCUCCCGAUUGAGGAGAAAAUGAAGGUUAUAAAGAAUGAGAAACAUCGUGGGUAUACUCCAAUUCUGGAUUCAUAUCUUGAUCCUGUCAAUCAAAUUAAUGGUGACUACAAAGAGGGUUAUUACAUUGGUGUUGAAGUACCUGAAGGUGAUCCUAGAGCACAAAAGGCGUUUAUUGGCCCAAAUGUGUGGCCUGCCGCAGAUACAUUGCCUGGUUGGAGAGAAACAAUGGAAAGAUACCAUCAAGAAGCGCUAGCAGUGGCAAGAGCAGUGGCAAGGCUCAUGUCCUUAGCAUUCAAUUUAAGGAGUGAUUUCUUUGAUCAACCCGUAUUGCUUGGUGAUUCAAUUGGAACCCUGCGCCUGCUUCGUUAUGAAGGUCAUGUCUCUGAUUGCAUCAAGGGAAUAUAUGGAGCUGGUGCUCAUACUGAUUUUGGCUUUAUCACCCUCCUGACAACAGACGAUGUUGUUGCUCUACAGAUAUGUAAGGAUAAGGAUGCUGAACCAAAUGUAUGGGAAUAUGUGGCACCAUUAAAAGGGGCUUUCAUAGUAAAUAUUGGUGAUAUGCUUGAGCGUUGGAGCAACAAUAUAUUCAGGUCGACUUUACACCGCGUGUUAAGGACUAAACAAGAUCGAUAUUCUAUCGCUUUUUUUGUUGAGCCAAGGGAGGACUGUCUAGUCGAAUGCUUGCCAACUUGCCAGUCAGAAGAGAACCCUCCCAAGUAUCCACCCAUCGAAUGUGAGGCUUAUCUUCUCCAGCGAUACAGGGAAACUCAUUCUGACCCAAGUUCAUACAAAAUAUGAAUAAACUACCCAAGUGGAAGCACCAUGAACCGCCGAAAUUUAUUGUGUUAACUCAAGCUUAACCUUUUUUUUAUUAUUAUUUUAGACAUUUGAAUGAAACAUUCGCUACAAAAUGCAACAAGACAAAGAUCAUGACCAAUUGAAAAUAA